AGACAAAUGAGAACGGCUUGCUAGGAUAGCGGCUCGGGUGGUUGCCCUGGGAGAGGGGAGGGGUGAUGCGGCACCUGAGGGGGCAGCGAGAGUCCAGAGGCCUGCACUUGUCGCCAGCUCACUGACUGCUGACUGACCUGCUCUGAUCAAGGAGGCUGAUCGCUCACAAGAUGUCUUACUUUGGGGACCAUUUUUGGGGAGAUAAAAAUUCCGGCUUUGCAGUCUUACACCACAAUAUGAAACAUGGACAGCUUUCCAUUAAGGAAUUGGCAGAAUUUGUGCGAGAGAAGGCAGCUGUGGAGGAGGCAUAUUCCAAAUCUAUGCAAAAAUUGUCCAAGAUGGUCAGCAGUGGAAGCCACCUGGGAACGUUCGCCCCAAUGUGGGAGAUGUUUCGGGUCUCUUCAGACAAGCUGGCCCUCUGCCAUUUAGAACUAAGCAAGAAGCUGCAUGAGCUAAUAAAGGAUAUCAACAAGUAUGGAGACGAACAAGUGAAAGUUCAUAAAAAAGUUCAUGCAAAUACUAAUUUGCAACUUUCUCUUAAGGCCAAAGAGGAGAUGUCUGGCACUUUAGAGGUUAUUCAGCUGCUGCAGUGUAGCUCUCAGCUUCUGCAGAAAACCAGGGACCACUACUGUAGCAGAUUUGCAGAGCAGGAACGUCUUAGGAGGGAAGGAGCACCACAGAAGGAGAUGGACAAGGCAGAGCACAAAACCCAAAAAGCAGCAGAGUCGCUUCGUGGUUCAGUGGAAAAAUACAACGCUGUACGUAAGGAGUUUGAGGAAAAGAUGCUGCAGUCUGCUCAGUUAUUUCAAGACACAGAGGCAGCUCACCUCACACAAAUGAAGCGGCUUGUUGCAGCAUAUUCACAUUCUGUUGAGGAUACUCAUGUACAGAUUGGGCAGGUUCAGGAAGAGUUCAAACACAAUAUGGAAAAUGUGGCCAUAGAGAAGCUGAUCAGGAAGUUUGCAGAGAGUAACGGGACAGGAACAGAGCGGCCCGAGGCUGUGGAAUUUGAAGGUUUCCGUUUCCCAACAUCUUUAGAAGGUGUAAAGCGUACAUGGACAAAGCCCUUUCGUAUCCGGGGCUUAAGUAGAAGGGAGAAGGACACACAGCCUGUGGAACAUACUGAGCCAGAUUGUGUGGAUCUUCCUGAUGUUGAUGAAGAAGGUUUUACAAGACGCCCUGAUGACAAUGCAACCAGAGAAUCCUCAGUUGCCUGCUGCUCCUCUAGUGAUUCUGAUUUUGAUGAUGAAGAAGAUGAUGGACCUCGGCGUUACAAAUUUCAGAUAAAACCCCCACAGAGUGGAGAAAGAGAGGAAGAUGAGGAAACUAAAAUGAAAAGGCUGAGGGAGACUGUGGGGUGCUUGAUGCAGCCACCUGCAGCAGUGGUUUCUGUGAGGCGCCAGACCAUUCGCACAGUGACAAAUUCUGGAGCUUCAUCUGCAGAAACGCAGUCUAAUUGUCACACAGAUAAACCUAAUAUGGGGUUUUCCAACACCUCGCUAUCCUCCGUUACCAACAGCUGCGAUUCAAAUUCUGUUGGCAGCUCUCAUCCUGCCCAUUCUUCAUUUGGACCACUCCAGGAAAUUGUUUUUGAACCAGAUGACUUUCCAGUUUGCAGAGCAUACAAUUUCACCUCAAGCCCAUCUCCGUUCUCCUCCUCUUCUCCUGAAAAUGUGGAAGACUCUGGUUUGGAUUCCCCAUUCCAUCCAUUUUCUGGUCCUUCGCCGGAUUCUAGGCCUUGGACUCCACGUGAUGAUUCUUCCACUGGGGACUCUGUUUUAGCGACCUCUUCAUUUUCUGACUCUCCAUCUGACCUGACCACAUCAAACUCUACAGGACAACAGCGUUGUGAAAAAAGAGAUACCUGGGAACACAAAGUUACCGCUCCUAGUCCUCCCUUACCCAGCUGCACCACAACAGGAACCACCGAGCUGUUUUCUCCCAACCAUGAUUCCUGGGGCAUGUCUUCUGGACUCCAUAACAGUGUGUGUUCCCGUACUGAAUCCCCAUUUGUAUCUGCACGAACACAAAGAAGCAAUAAUCUCACAGCCUCUAUCAGUCAGUCAGUCAAUCAAUCUCUACAGAUUCCUGGCCCUCCAUCUAGUACAAACAGUGACCGUGGAUUCUUCUCUCCUCCAACUUUAAGUGCUGGACUGUCUGUUGGAUUAUCUCGAGGACCCAGUCCUGUUGUUCUUGGAUCUCAGGAGUCUCUUCCUGUGGCAGCUGCCUUUACAGAAUAUGUGCAUGCUGUUUUUGAAGAGGGUGGAUUAGAGGGCUCGGGGGUACGCAUCUCAGGAGAACUGACUAUGUCAUUUCCGGGAGGUAUACUUCGUGUGUUUGGGGGACCAACUCCACCUCCUGUGUUAAGCUUUAGACUGAUCCACACAUCUGACGUUGAGCAUUUCAUUCCAAAUCCAGAUCUUCUGUACAGUGACCUGUCUCAGAGUGACCUUAACUGCAAAGACUUCUGGCUAAACAUGCAGCGGCUGACUUGUCACCUGCAGAGCAUGGCAGAACAUCACACUGCUCCUUACUACAAUGUUGUGCUGCUCAAAUAUCAGGUUUUUAAGCCUGGCAUUUCUUCUGCUCCAUUGUAUCUUUCAUCUACCUGGAAUUGCAGUCCCACCUCUACAGAAUUCAGCCUGGAGUAUAAACAUAGCCUGGCGUCCUUGUGUGACAUGCACAUCCUUCUUCCUCUUGAUGAACCCUUAUCCAACUUGCAGUUUGACCCCCCAGCACGCUGCUCAGAGAGAAGAUUGUUGUGGCAAAUACCCAAUACAUCACCUGGAAGGGAAAGAGCAGGUCACGGGAAGCUGUAUGCACGUUGGCAACCACUUCGCAAUUGCAGUACCCACUCUUCAGCUGCUGCACAGUUUACAUGUCAGGGUCACACAUUGUCUGGAGUGGACAUAGAGCUUGUUGGAUCAGGGUAUAGGAUGUCACUGGUCAAGAAGAGGUUUGCAGCAGGGAAAUAUCUUGUCUGCUGAGACCGGAUGGCGUUGACUUGGAAAACUUCUGGCCCUUCAGUCUGUGCUGAAGACUUUCUGUACUCGGACGAGGAGGAAUGAUUCAUAUAAAGGGAUACUGCAAGAACACAUUUGCGUGUAGUAUGGAAUACAAGCACUUUGGAAUUUUUCGAGAGAUUGUUAGAUAUUUAUAUGGCUCAUUCUGUACUGGUUUAAGCAGGAGAGUAAGCAGUUCUACUCGGACAUCUGACUAUAUAAGAAAUCAUUCCAGUCACGUCUGCUUUUUAUAGUCUGAAAUCCUCCUUUUGGGUAACUGCACGCGAUGCGGAUUACAUGCUGUUUCUCCGUUCAGGAAAUCCACACCAGUACCAGCAACGUGAAUGAGAUCUGCCAAAUCUCAUGUAGACUUUGCAUAUUUUGUACGCGCAGAAAUUGACCUGUGGUUCGGCUUUCAAAAUCCGCAGCCAAUCAGUUGUAUGUGCGGAUCCGUGGCUGAUGUAAUGUGGUUUCCCCAUAGACUUCAAUGUGGUUGUUAAAAUGCACUGAGUACUGCACAAAAUCCACGAUAAAUAGUGCAGAUUUAUGUGCCGUUUGUAUCACACUUCUCAUGCUGUUUUUAAUGCAGACUUUCUGCAUAGAAAUCUGCACCAUGAGCAGGUGGCCUCAGACUGUUUCACAUGGCCGUGUGUGUGGUCCGUGAAAUGCAGUCUGUGUGAUGGCCACAUUUCCUGGACUGUGGCUCAUGUAAGCCAAACUCACUGCAUCAUACUGUAGAUCUGAUAAUGCAGUGAG